GCCGGUGAGGAACCGUUUGUCAGUACCAUUUUGCCCAAAGGCGUGUUCCGCCAGAGAGACGAUACCCCCAAAGCACAGCGAGCUGUUGCACUGUUUGACUUUGAGACAAAUGAAGACGACUGCCUGCCAUUCACAAAGGGUGAUGUGUUGACUAUCACUAACGUCGACACGGGGGAAGAGGGGUGGUGGGAGGCUAUGCUCGCUGGGGAGAUAG